AUGUAUAUGCACAUUAACGAAAUGGAUUUGAUAUUGCCAUCUAUGAAACCAAAUGGAGCUUUAUGGUUAGGUAAUAUAAAGGCUGCUUAGAAUAUUUAGAAUUUAAGUAAAGAGAAUAUUCGUACUGUAAUUACAGUAGCUAGUAAUGUUAAUAUAAGCUAUCCAAAACAUUAGAAAAUAAUUCAUAAAGUAUAUUGAUGAAUAUGAGUAGAUUUUUAAAGUUCAUGAUAAAGAAAAUGUAACUAUCUAAGAAUUGAUUGAAAUGACAAAUGAAGAAAUUGAAGAGGGAAUGAAAAUUGGAUCUGUUUUAGUGCAUUGUAUGGCUGGUAUUUCUCGAUCGGCUACAUGUGUUAUAGCUUAUUUGAUGUAUCAAAAUAAAUGGGUAUUUGAGAAAACACUUAAAUUUGUAAAAUCUAAAAGGCCCUGUGUAAAUCCGAAUGAAGGAUUUAAAAAAUAACUGAUUUCAUAUUCAAAUGAAAUUUAAAAGAAAUUAAUACCUAAGAAAACUUAAUAAAUUGAUAAUCCUUUAGCAAAAUUAAGAAGAUAAUUACAUUAAUCUCCUGAAGAUUUGAUUAAAAAUACUUAAUUAGCUAGAUCUCCAAAACAUGAGAUAAAAGUAUUAACAAAGGAUUCAACAGAGGAAGAAAAAUAAUAAUAUAGAUAAUAGUUAGCUUAAAAAUUAUUUGUUAAUACAUUUUCUACAACAGAUAGAAAUAGAUAAUAAUUAAAAACAGUACAUAUCAAUAAAUCUACAAAUAUUAAAGGAUAUAUAAGUAUGUACAAAUAAGUAGAAGAAUAAAAGUUGAUAGGUUUUCUAUCAGAUAGAUUCAAUUGA